AUGCAGUACAACCUGAUCGGGAGCAGAAUCAACAACCACUACGUGGUGGACCCCUACGUGAGCAUGCUCUACUUAAAAAGGGCAUACAAAUUUCUCAAGCUGCUAAAGGAGAACGGCGGGGAGGUUAUCAUCGUGGGCAACAAACACAGAGAAGUCAAAUUAGAACACUACUUUAGUAACAUUCAGCGGAAGGAGACCUGCGAUUUGAAUACUAUAACAAACGUUACGAAGAGGUUCGACCUUCUGAUUUGUACCGACCUGCCCUUGUUCUAUCCCUACAUCAAGAACGUCCUCAUCCCGAAGAUGUUGGUUGCAGACGGGACUACCUUCGUCAAGUAUAGAACAUUUUUGCAUGCCUUCGAUUACUUCAUUCCACUGACGAGUGAGAAGCUGGAUCGGCACCUGCACUAUGUCCUGGCGCGCAGGUACCUCUCAUGA